AUGGCGGGUGUUGCGGCUCGUACGUUCAGGUUGGCAACCUCCAUUACAUCACGGACGCCGACCGCGAGGUUGCUCUCGUGCCACCCGGUGGCGGGCUGUCCGCGCUGUUCAAUCGGCUCGCUUGCUGCUGCAAGACGGGUCCGGGGCAGCGAUGCGGCGGUGAGAAGGAAGCCGCAGACGGGGCUUGCAUUAUCCAGAGGCUUCAAGUUCACGGCGAAGGGGCAGGAGCCACCUUCUUUUGCGUUUGCGUUUGACAUCGACGGCGUCCUGCUUCACGUCUCCAAGCCCAUUCCCGGGGCAACUGAGGUGCUGAGGUUCCUGAACGACUACAACAUCCCCUUCAUCCUACUCACCAACGGCGGCGGGAAGCACGAGACGGAACGUGUCAGCGACCUCGGGGAGAAACUGGGCGUGCCGCUGUCGACAGACAACUUCGUCCAGUCCCACACGCCGUUCCGCGAGCUCCUCGAAGGGCCGGACAGCUUGCGGGACAAGACUGUCCUCGUGACGGGCUCCGACUAUGAGAAAUGCCGUGCUAUCUUCAAAGGAUACGGCUUUAGGAACGUCGUCACCCCGGCCGACAUCUAUGCCGCCGACCCGACCAUCUUCCCCUUCCAAACCGUCUCCACCUUCACCGCUCCCUCCGAGCCGCUGCCCAAACCGCUCUAUAACGGAUCCACGACAUCGUCACUCUCGUCCCAUCUCAAGGUCGACGCCAUGUUCGUCCUCAACGACCCGCGCGACUGGGCCCUCGACAUGCAGAUCUUCACGGACCUGCUGCUCUCCUCGCAGGGCUAUCCGGGAACCUUCUCGCCACGCAACAACGACCGCUCCCAGCCCAACCAUGGCUUCCAGCAGGACGGCCAGCCCGCCCUCUACUUCAGCAACGCCGACCUCUUCUGGAGCGCGAACUACCACCUGCCGCGGCUGGGCCAGGGCGCGUUCCAGGCCGCUCUGCGGGGCUUGUGGCGGCGCAUCACCGAGGGCAAGGCCGAGCUGCAGGCGACCACCAUCGGCAAGCCGCAUGCGGGCACGUAUCGGUUUGCGGAGCGCGUGCUGGCGAGUCACAGGCGGCAGAUGCUGCUAGGGGGGAGGAGCAAAAGGGAUCACGAGCACGAGCACGGGCACGAUCAUGUCGACGGCGAGAGGCAGAUGGCGAGGCUGAAGCUGAAGACGGUGUAUAUGGUUGGGGAUAACCCGGAGAGCGAUAUCGCGGGCGCGAAUGAGCACGACAGCGAGGAUGGGGCGGAGUGGGUGUCGGUGCUGGUGAAGACCGGCGUGUGGAGUGAGAGCAGGGGCGGCAGGUUGGAGGGCCUGUUCAAGCCGAGGGCGGUGGUAGAUGACGUGAUGGCGGCGAUGAAGUGGGCGCUCAAGAGGGAGGGUUGGCGCCAGGGGGAAGACGGAGGGAAGGAGUUGCAGUGA